AUGUCUUAUAUCGCAGCGGGAGCAACGCCUGGCGGCGCAAAGGCAACGGUGCGAGAGGGUAACAGGCUCAAAGCCUUGUUCGAUGCGAACAAACCUGCCUGGGGAGGCUGGCAGAUGAUUCCCGGGGCGGCACCAGCCAGGAUACUGGCACAAUCGGGCGUAGAUUGGGUGCUGGUGGACUGUGAGCAUGGAAGCUUGGACGAUCGUGCAAUGCAUGAGUCAGUUCCAGCUAUUGCGGCACUGGGAGUCUCUCCCAUUGUGAGAAUCCCGGGAAUGGAGCCAUGGAUGGUAAAGCGUGCAUUGGAUUGUGGCGCCCAUGGUAUUCUUGUCCCACUAUUGCGUACCGUCAAGGAGGCCGAGGAUCUCGUCCAGGCCGCCAAAUUCCCUCCUUUGGGGAAGCGAGGCUUUGGAUCUCCUUAUUCUGCCAAGCAGUUUGGCGCCACUAUCUCUUCUCUCGAAUACCUUAACCAAGCCAAUGAGAAUAUCUUGACUAUGGUUCAGAUUGAGACAAAAGAAGCUCUUGAGGCCGUGGACGAAAUUGCUGCUGUCAAGGGAGUUGACGUGCUGUUCGUUGGUCCAUUUGAUCUUGGCAUAAACAUCGGGCACCGCGUCAGCGAGGCCGGCAUCCCCCCAGAACUCGACGAUGCUAUCUCAAAGGUCCAGGUCGCUGCUAAGAAAGCCGGCAAGAAAAGUGGCAUCUAUACUUUUAACGGUGCCCAUGCCAAGCAGUGCCAGCAGCGAGGAUUUGAUAUGGUCCACGUCGUCACGGAUUACAUGGGCCUUGAGGACGUAGUCAAGCAGUAUCUUACUACUGCCAAAAGUUAA